AUGCAGCCGGAGCAGCAGUGGUGGGCGGUGACGUGCGGGCGGGGCAUGGAGCGGUUCGCGGCGCUGGAGGUGGCCCACAAGCUGCAGCCCAUCAGCGUUCGCCCCACCGACGGCAAACUGCACUUCCUCCUGCCGUCUGCCGCGGCAUCUCCACCCGCCCAGGCCGCACCACCGCCAUCGUCAUCUUCAUCCUCAUCUUCAUCUUCACUACCAGCGCCCGCCCAAGGAGACCAGGUGCUGAGUCGGCUGCGAGGGCUGAAGACCGCCGAGCGACUGUUCGUGCAGGUGCUGGCUCACUUUGAAGAAGAAGAAGGUGGUGAUGGCCGUAAUGGCGAGGCUGCCAAGGACAAGAGUCCACGCACGAUCAAGAGCGCCACGGGAGCCAACCCCUUCAAGAUCUACGAACACGGAGGACUCUUCGUGAUGGUGGGCUGGGCCGUGAGCUACGCCCACUUGUGGGAGCAAGCCGAGGUCGCGCGCCUCUUCGGCGCGCAGAUCAAGAACAAGCUCGGGUGGUACACGGACCUCAAGAACUACAACACCGAGGUCAUGAUCCAUCUGAACGACGAGCAGCUGGUCAUUGCGCUUCCUGUGGGCCGCGUGCCCAUCUCCAAGCGGUCCUACAUGGCCUCGUUCGGGCUCCGACCGCCCGUCGCCUGGGCCAUGGCCAGGCUUGUGGAGAUCGGCGAGGAGGAGGUUGUGUGCGACCCCAUGUGCGGCGCGGGCACGCUGCUGAUCGAGGCCGCGCAGGAGUGGCCCGGCGCGUGCUACGUCGGCAUGGACGUGAGCAACGAGCAGCUCGGCCUGUGCUUGGACAAUCUCCAGCAGUCGCGCACACAGUCGCGGAUCGCCGUGUGUCGCGCGCGAGUCGAAGCGUUGCCGCUCAGGGACGAGUCGGUCGACGCCGUGGUGUGCGAUCUGCCCUUCGGGCGCAAGUUCCAGGUGGGCGACGCGGCGGCCCUCGCUCGCCUCUACCGCGCGUUCGCCGCCGAAGCGCUCCGCGUCUUGCGCCCGCUUGGCCGGGCGGUGCUGCUGACGUCACAGACGGAGACGCUCGAGGAGGCGCUGCGAGCGGUGGACGCGGACGGCGGUACCUAUUGCUGGUCGGCCCUCAGUGAAAAGCACUACGUAAAGCUGGGCGCGCUCGAGGCCUGGAUUCACUGCGUGUGCAAAGAGCGGACGAGCGACGACGACAAAGAGCGAAGACGAUCGCGGCUUCGCGAGGAGGAGAGAACACGGAAGAAGCGGAAGGAGGAGGACAGGGCAGAGGCGAACGAUGGCGGAGAACAGUUAGAGGAGAAGAAGAGAAAGAAGAAGAAGAAGAAGAAGAAAGAGAAGACGGAUGAUGAUGAUGAUGAUGAUGAAGAAGAAGAAGAAGAUGAUGAAGAUGAAGCGGCACGGAAAGACAAGGACAAGGAAGAACGAAGGAACCGCAUCUUCAACGCGCUCUACUUCCGAAAAUGA